GUAAUUUGCGAAAAAUCGUUCAUCUCAAAGCUGCCGCGAAAAUUCAAAACACCAAGAAAGACAAGAGAGCAAGCUCACAGACCGACAGCAAGCAAGCGACAGGAUGGAGCAACGAGGCAGCGGUCGCAUGAGCAGCGCCGUGUCUGGCUUGCAGCAGCUGUUUGAGACCGCCCUGCAUGACCUGGAUGAGCUCGGUGGUGUGUUGGAUAGCCGCCUGGCCAUGCGCUUCCAGCAGCUCGGCGAUGAGGAGGUCAAUCCACGGAAGCUGAUUCGCCGCCUGCUUGAACUCAAGACCAGGGUGGAGCAUGCACAGGAGAAAUCAGAUGCCAUGGCAACAGAGCGCAAGGAAUUGGCAGAGCAGGCACUUCACCUCUUUGUCGACACGCGUACUACCUUGACGCAGCUGAAACACGCCUGUAACCUCAAGCCGAACCACGAUGAUGAUGAGGAGGAGGAGCAAGAAGCACUGGCGGAAGUGCGCAGCUGUGCUGGCGUUCCACACGAUCAAGCACCACACGACCACAGCGAUGACCUUCAAUCCACCUUUGACCUCGCAGACCAAGCCGAGAACACAGCGCCAGCACAAAACAGCACGCAAGGAGGACGCAAACACAACGCUGCUUCAAGGCAGCGAACAGGAAAAGCACAUCACAACUACCACCACCAGCAACAGCAUGACCAGCACCAACUGCAGAAGACCAAGACGGGCAGGGGCGUUGCUUUUGAGCCCGUGACAGAGGAGGAGUUUAUGAGCGUGUCCGACCUUGUUCGCGGCCGCUCCAAGCUGACUGACGUGAACAAGGUCUACCAGGCUCUCUUUGAGCACUUUACCAAGCAAAAGGGAAAAAAAUCUCGCUUCCAGCCAGAGACGGCGCCGCUGACGGUGAAGGAGAUGUCGUCCAUGGGGCUGAAGAUCACAGGCAAGACGGGCGAGGCAAAGCUGCAGGUCCUCAAGGCGCUGCGCAUCAUCUCCAUGUCAAACAAGGGCGUGCUCAUGGACGUCUGAUUCCGCUGCAAGUGAGAAAGGAGAAGAACGUGGGCACAAUGAUGAGCGAGCAAGCAAGAAAGUGCUGCUCUGCGUCGCAAAGCGUGCGCCUGUUGUGAUUGUCUGGUUCUUGUUUGCAAUCGAGAGACAUAGAGAGAGAGAGACCAGAUGUACUGGCACCGUUGUAGCAAACGGCAGUGAGAGGCGUCGAGGGGAUGUGUGCGUGUGCGAGCGUGUGUGCUUGCGUGACAGAGACAAGCGAACAAGCCAAGCAACAAGCAAACAAGCGAACAAGC